AUGGUUCACCCGGAUGCUGGACCUAGCGGAGGACAAGAUCCUGGUCCAAGCGGGCGGCCGGUCGAUGCUAAGUAUAAUUCACCUGAUAAAUGGUAGGUUUUAUGGAUAAUACGGGUAUUUUUGGAAGGUUUAAAUGAGACUGAAUGUUAAGCUUGGAAGAUUAUUGAUGCUUAGAUAUUUAUGAUGGGGUUUAAAUUAAAUUGAAUUUGUUUUACGAAGUUUUAAUUUGCGUUUUUGAGCGUGAUGUAAUAAUAUAGGUGUAGGUUACUGUUGUGAAAAUUUGAUUGAUCAGUGAACUUUGAUCAGAAAGGAAAUGGAUUUUUAUUAAAGUUUAUGAUCUUUUUAAGGUUUUUAAAGUAAUUUAAAAUGUAUAAUUUGCUUUUUUAGUGGUUUAAUAUGUUUAUCAAAGGCUAUCUAACAUACUAUAAUUUGAUGUUUCAGUGUAAUAUGCUGGUCAACGUUGGUCUCGCCGUACUCAACCAUUUGUGCACACACAUUCUGGUAUGGUUUUUCUAAAAUUUUUAUUUUUAGGCGUUUCUUUAUAUUCAACUUUUAGUCGCUCCUGUAUCAUGAAACACCUUACACAUAAACCUUUCUGCCCAGUUUGUGAAACAACUCUUGACGUAGAGAAUAAGACUCAUUUGAUUCCAAAUCACAAAGCUGCUGAACUAAUAGAAUGUCAAAAGAAAAACCAGGAGAAUCAGCGAGCUUUGAAGCGUUUGGCCAACGAAAUGACAGAAGAUCUGGCUUUGGAUAACAUGAGUGAUUUGCUCGACACUCGCUCAGGCAUUAUGGCCGAGAAUACUUUGAUAAAACGAGAGAUUGUUGAUGCUUUUAAGCGACAAAAACGUGCAAUCAAGAUGACGGAGGAGCAAAAGAAACGGGUGUUAUUGAACGAGUUCUUUGAUCAGGUCAUAGAAGAAAGGGAGACUCAGCUGAACAAGAUUCAGGAUGAACUUGUGCAGCUUAGAGCUGACAAAGCGCGGUCUAAUCUGAAUGUUGAUACUGGUAUUGGAGUGGUGGCUCAACGGGUAGUGCCAAAUCCAGAUUUGGAUACGCCAAGGAGCUCAGGAGAUUCACCAUCAACUAUGAGGCAGAUGAAAAAGUUGAAGAAGAGGAUCAAUCAGAACUUGACUAGUUUGGAGCCUUGUUACUUUGAUAUUAAAAGCGAUGUUACGCGUAAGUUAGUCUUUUUUUAUGUUUUUUACGGUUUAGAAGGUUGAAACAAUCAAAACUUUCUAUAAUAAUAUGUGAAAGGUACCUAAAAUAAUAUUUUUGGCAUAACUGGGUAGUAAAUUUAAUUUUUGAAAAAUUUUAGGUAACUACUGCCCAGGACGCGACUAUCUAGAUGAAUUUUCAAAUGUUUUAACGGGUAUAUCACAAUAUGCGGAGAUAAAACGGCUGGCUACAUUGAAUUAUAACAUCGAAACAACGUCGAACUUGUCAAUUGUGUCGAGUAUUGAGUUUGACAAAGAUGGAGAUUACUUUGUGGUGGCUGGUGUGACAAAGAAGAUCAAGCUGUACGAUUACAAUGCAGUUGUUAACAGUAAAACUGGCAUACAUUAUCCAUUACAGCAGCUUCAGUGUACUAGCAAAAUAAGGUGGGUAUUGGAUUUGAUGUUAUUUUUGACUUUUAUGUUUGAUAUUAUUGUUGGCUUUUAAGUAAUAAUUUAAUUUUUUUGGUAUUUUAGGUAAGAAAAAAAAUUUUGAGGGUGGACUUUAAUAUCUAUUUUUGAAAGUUUCUUGAUAUUGUUAUAGAUUCAAAUUGAUAAAAGAAACUAAAAUAUUAAUAUUUCAGCAACGUAUCAUGGAACCCGUAUAUAAAGAACGUGUUAGCUAGUAGUGAUUACGAUGGCAAGGUACAGCUAUGGGACACGACAACAUGUAAAAACUUUCAAACAUUCAGAGAACACGAGAAACGAUGCUGGACGGUGCAGUUCAACAACGUCGAUCCUCAUAUUAUGGCUUCUGGUUCGGAUGAUGCUAAGGUAAAAUACGGAACAGAUGGCUAUAUAAAAUUAGAUAAAUUGUCACAGUAUAUAGAAUUACAUAGUAUUUUAGGGUUCUUAUUAGGCAAAAGCUUCUUUGGGGGAUGAUAAUCUUCUUCUUAACAUAAUAAGGCUUAAAGGCCUUUAUAAAGGAUGUCUUUACCAUAGGAUGAGUUUUGCACCUUUAUGGUACUUGUAUGACCUUGGUAAAGUACUAAAAAUUUUGUAUCACACAAUGACGAUUACUGUAAUUCAGGUAAAAAUCUGGACCAUGAAUCAACCUCAUUCGGUGGGCACGAUCGAUGCUAAAGUCAAUGUCUGUUGUGUAUACUUUAGCCCAACUAAUCGAAACAACUUUGUUUUUGGGUCGGCUGGUAAGUUUAACUUCUUAUAUUUUUGGUAUUUUAAAGCAAAAAAAAUUUCUAGAACUGCCAUUUUAAAAAAUAUUUUAAAUUUUUAUUGAAAGUUAUUAUGAUAGUAUCUAAAGCACAAAAUUGUUUUUGCGUUAUUAGGUUGUUCAAAUAAUUUUGCGCCCUUUAAACUCAAAAAUUUGCCUUGAGAGUGAGAGGGAGGCACAAAAUUAUUUGAACAAUUUAAUAUGAAGUAGCUUUUGACGACUUUUUAAAGGUAGUGUUGUAAAAUACGGGGCGGGGCAGUUCGUCAAUUUAAAGUGUUUUUUUUCCAUAUUUAAUAUUUAUGUUCUAGAUCACGGAGUACAUUUAUAUGAUCUUCGGAACACUACCAGGCCAGUAAGCGUCUUCCGAGGUCAUAAGAAAGCGGUGUCAUAUGUAAAGUACUGUAAUGAUAGCGAAGUGGUUUCAGCGUAAGUUAGCCUUUACUAAGCUGCGUCUUAUCAUAGAUAAACCUGCUCAACGUACUCUAUUAUAGCCUAUCUUACCUUUACAUAUAUUUAACUUUUUCUACUGUAGCCUUCAAUUAUUUCACUUUACCAUGCUCUUUUCAGCUCCACCGACAGCACUCUCCGCCUAUGGGAUGCCAAGUCGAGUCGUUGUAAGCGCACGAUGCGUGGUCACAUCAACGAAAGAAACUUUGUGGGUCUGGCCACAGAUGGCAAUCACAUGGUUUGCGGCUCAGAGAACAAUCAAUUGUAUGUCUAUUUCAAGAAUGUGGAACAACCAAUCCUAAAAUACGACUUUACCUCACGGCAAGGCGAUUCAGAAGCCAACCAGGUGUCUCUGGUGUCGCCUAAUGAAACCUCAACUAAUGAUUUUGUCUCGGCUGUGUGUUGGAGAAAGGUAUGGUUGAUUUUGAGGUUAUGUGAGGAGCGUAUGGGAGAAAUUCCAAGCAAAUGAAUUUAGAACUAGAAAUUGAAGAAAAAUUACGGUUUUAGGUAACAGUUUGGCUAGAAGUGAAAUUUUAAAGUAAAAUUAGAUAUGAUUUUGGUCAAAAGUUGAAUUUUUAAGUAUAUAAUGACAACUGUAAGAUAAAAAUCAGAAUUUUGGGUAAAUUUAGGUAGUAAUCUUGUUUGUUUCAGAAUUCAAACGUCGUUGUGGCAGCCAAUUCCCAGGGUACAACUCAUAUUUUGCAACUUUUGUAA